UUUUCAGUGUAAUUGUUCGGUUUCAGUGCUGAAGACGUACGUUGAACGUUGAAGUACGUUACAUCGUGGGUGUGAUAUCGAGCUUUGUUUGUUGCAUUUGAAUCAACUUUAGGCUGAUAAAUAAAUAAGGUAUUUUGAGAAUUCCAUAAAAUGUCGCAUUGUUCAUCAAUGCCAUCGAGGGAAUUCCUGUGGGAUAUUUUCCAAAGAGUCGAUCAGGAUAACUCGGGAGCAAUCAGCGCUGAUGAGUUGCAGCGAGCACUCUCCAAUGGCACCUGGACACCAUUUAAUCCUGAAACAGUGCGUUUGAUGAUAGGUAUGUUUGACACUGACAAAAGUGUUCCCAAUGAAACAGGUAUGUUCGACAAGAAUCAGAAUGGAACCGUAAAUUUCGAAGAAUUUGGAGCGCUGUGGAAAUACGUGACGGAUUGGCAGAAUUGCUUCAGAUCAUUCGAUAGAGACAACAGUGGGAAUAUCGAUCGUGAGGAAUUGAAGAUAGCAUUGACCAAUUUUGGAUAUCGAUUGUCAGAAAAUCUCAUUGAUACACUCAUCAGGAAAUACGAUCGUUUGGGCAGGGGCACUAUUUACUUCGAUGAUUUUAUUCAAUGCUGCAUUGUACUCUAUACUCUAACAUCAGCCUUCAGAAAGUUGGAUUCUGACCUGGAUGGAGUCAUCACAAUCCAUUACGAACAAUUCUUGGGCAUGGUCUUCAGCUUAAAAAUUUAGCUGAUGUUUACUGAGUAAGUCCGAAGGAAGAUGUUCCAUGGAACGCCAAAUGAUAUGAGAGAGAGAGAGAAAUCCAUCAAAAUAUUCAGUCGCGCCUGGUGCGUGAAAUUAAAUGUAUCAAAUAAUCGAUUCAAUGAUUUCCGUUGUUAACUAGGUUCUUUCUCAGGCACAUUCCCAUUUAUCUCUGAUUCAAUAUCCAGUAAAUUCUGUCCACGUGUUUCAUGAAUAUAUGAAUGGAAAAUCUACAAAUGGUUUCUCCUCGGAGUGAGUUGCCAAAUUUGCUUAAGACUUGUCGAGUAUUACGGUGAGAAAAAAAGAAUAGUUUUGCCACAUAUUCAUUCAAGAAAAGUAUUCAUUUUUUAAUCGUAUUUUUUUCUAUCGAGCCCUUCGAAGGCUAAUUAUAAUUAUAUACGGGAUAAUUAGGUUUUAAUCAUGACAAUUAUGUUGCUCUAGCGGACAGCUAUGCCGCACAUGACAUUGCAUGAACUCCUCUAAUAAAAACUUAUUUUUCAUAAAUUUCUCAUUUUUUUAAAGGAAAACAUUUUGAUCGAUUUUUUAUGGUGAUGAUUAUUGAAGGAGUUCAGUCAAAGUCAUAACAUAAUUUGCAUAAUUCGACCUUGACGAGGGUUCGCUGGAAAAAUGGCAUGACUGGCGAAGUACGCUAUUAAGUGGUCAUGCAAUUUACCAUCAGAGUCAGAAUUUCAAUUCGAUUAUUUUGUAGGAUGAGAUGAUUGUUUUGGAAAACACAAAUUGUUAAGCUCUGUGUAAGGUAGUUCUUGAGGGAAUAAGAAUUAGUUUUUUGAAAGAUAAACAUUUCGCCCUAGAAAAUAAUGGGAUUAAAAAUUUUACUCUGAUGGUAAGUUGUGUGGCCACUUAAGAAAUUAAAUUUUCUAAUAAAUUAAAGUUGAUCUGAGUACCAGGACAUUGUGGUCAGGUAAUGACUGACGAGUUGGCUAGGAAAGGUGCGGGAAGUCACUUCUGUUUUUUCCAGAGAAAUCGUUAAGGUAGCUCUACCUGAGGGCAGAGCUACCUUAACGACCUCGGUCUGUUACCGACCGAAUCCCCUACUUUUGAAUAUUCUCAGUUGCCAAAUUUUCCGAUUAAUUUCACGAGUAAAAUUAAAAAAAAAAUCAUUUAUAGUCAGUAUUAUCUAAAUUAUAUUUCGAAAUGUAUUGAUAUUUUUUAAACAUUUCUUUUUAUACACAAAUAAUAGAACUUCUCUUCCAAACGGUGGAUUAUCCUUUACGAAGUGUCAAAAAAUUCUUUGAUUUGUUUUUACGUCUAAGGAUAAAAAAUUCAGAUUUUAAGCUUUCACCACAUCAACUCAAGGGGCCCGUUAUUGGACGACUAAGCUGAAGAAAAUAAAUACUUUUCUGAAGGAAAUGAAUCACUGGCAAAUAUACUCUUUCUGUAUUGAUGUAUAUGAGAGAUUUUUUUAUAGAAUGACGUGGUGGAAAAAUCAAAAACAUGUUAAACAAAGAAAAAAAUGUAAAAUGGGACUUUGGUGUUGAAUGUAAUAUUUCAAAAUUUGUAAUACCUCAUAAUUGUAUUAACCAAACGGGUCUAUGUGCCGUGGAAUUUCCGAAAUUAUUAGUGUCUUAUGUACGCAAAUGUUCCUAAUUGUAUGAAAGUCAAUUCGUCCGGCUUAAAUAAAUCAAAGUGUCGUGAUUUGCCGUUUUCUAAACGUAUGACAUUUUAUGUAAACUCAGCUACUAUUUAUUUUUCAAUAAUCAACUUGUACUAUAAACAUCGAUGAACUCUCGCAUUAUCCGUACCCGGUGCGAAACCCACAUCUGCAAACAAGUUUCAUUGGAAAAAAAUAUAAAAAUUAGAAAAACAUUUCGUGCUGUGAAUGGGUUUUUGUAAAGUAUCCUGAGAUGAAGGAUUUCGGUUGCGAAAAAGGAUUGAUUUGUUUUGAAAAAAUUUUUAUUUUCUGCGCACGAAAAAUAUUGCAAAUACGAUGAUUUUUUAGGGAGAAUAGUACUAAUGUAAUAAUCCUGCAAGCUCAGAACAAGUUAUGUACUUCAUAAAAUUCCUUUUAUGAGGAAUUUUCGCCCUGAUGAGUAUUCUUUAGCGAGCAAUUUUAUAAUUCCUUUCCCACCACUAUUUUUUAACAUAUUUAAUGCAUCAUUUUUCCCAACAAUAAGACAUCAAUAACAAUGAAUCCUUCUCAACUUGAUGAGUUCUUCGGAUUGUUUCUACGGAUAUUUUCACAUUAUUUGAAGAAUAUUUCAUUCCAGUCAUCAGUUAUUAGAAGACCGAAUUUUUUAGAACGACGUUACGAAUAUUCAAUCUCAAUUUAUUGAAUUGUAAAGUGUUAUCUGAUUUCUGUUACAAGUAUUAUCCCAUAUAGUUGAUUAAUGGAGGAGUUAGCGAAUAAUUUUCAAACUACUUAUUCAUUUUAUGUAGAGACCCUUAUUUACGGGUUUACAAAUUUUCAAUGAGAUGUUUGCUAUCUAUCAUCUCCACUUGAAUUUAAAAAAUUCGCCGAUCCUCAUGGGACAUACGAGUUCGGAGCAAGUUAAGUUGUUUAGAAGGAGAGAUAUUUGAAAAAAUCAAUUGUCAAAAUAUCUAAUGUGAGUACGAUAAAAUUUUUGAAAAUUCCUCUUAAACAUUCAGGGGAUUUCUGGAAAAUUUUCGCAGAAGUUCGCGGAAAAAUGCGCGUUUCGCCCAAAUUUAUAGCUCUGGAAUUUUUUCUCGUCACUAUUUUGAGUCUUUUUUCUCGUAUUGUCACGAAAAUUUUUCUUAAAAAUUUUUCUCCCAGUAAAACCAUUUUCUAUGCUACGUAGUUUCCUUGAGCUACUGAUUUUGUAAUUAAGAUCCAUUCAUGAAAGAUAUUCUAACAUUGAAAAAUUGCCAGUUCGAUCAAUGAUCAGCCUCAAGUCAAUUAUUUUAAACGUCAAGUGGCACCUUGAUUCAACGUGAUUUAAAACUUGCCUGAUGUUCAAUAAAUAUUUUUAAAUCCCAAUGGGAUAAAGUUUUAGGAAUUGUUUGUAAAAAAAAUAUUUUAAUGAACCUUUUAUUUCAUUAGAUUCAAGUCCCUUUCUCGAAACAGUCUCGUUUUACUAUUUUUUGGUGUUGUAAAUAUGAAAUAAUUGUGAAACAAUUCCUACGUUGGACAUUAUCCACUUGGGAUUUGUUAUAGUCGAACAAAAAUGGUUCCGGACUGUUUUAUUAGUCCUUGGAAACCCUCCUUCUGCAUAUAAAAGUAAAUUGCAUAUUUACAAGAGCCCCCAGUGGCCCAAAAAUUGAGAUGUGGCUGAGUUUACAUUCAACAUAAAAUCCACUUCGAUCACUGUCGAGUCAUCCAUCACUGUUAACUAUUUUUACGCAAGUAGGUCAUUAAUUUAAAUAUUUUUGGAUAAAUCUGAUUUUACUGCAACUAUAUUUUUUACUCUGCUAUUCAUGUGCAUAUGUCAAACAACUAUUUGUAAAAAUAAAGAAGAAAUAUAUAACGUA